AUGUUUAGAACUACAAGGUCCCCCAUGAUGCAGCCGCUAGCUAACUCAGGACUGGGCAUGGCUCCUUUCUUCAAGGUUACUGUGUUUGAGCAGGAGCAUUUCCAGGGUAAGAGUCUGGAGUUCACCUCUGAGUGCAGCAACAUUCAGGACUGUGGACUAGACAACAUCCGCUCCAUCAGGGUGGAGAGUGGAGCUUGGGUGGGUUUUGAGCACCAUGACUUCCAGGGCCAGCAGUUCAUCCUGGAGAGAGGAGAGUACCCCCACUGGGACGCUUACAGCGGAUCCCUCUCCUAUCAUGUGGAGCGCCUCAUGUCUCUCCGCCCCAUCUACUGCGCUUCUCACCAGAGCAGCCGCAUGAUUAUCUUUGAGAAGGAGAACUUCCUGGGUCGAAGUGUGGAGAUCAGCGAUGAUUACCCCUCUCUACAGGCCAUGGGCUGGACACUGCCAGAGGUCGGCUCCAUGCACGUGCAGUGUGGCGCCUUUGUGUGCUACCAGUUCCCUGGAUACAGGGGUCAGCAAUACAUCAUGGAAUGCGAGAAACACAGCGGAGAUUACCAGCACUGGAAGAGCUUGGGCUCCCACUGUCAGACCCCCCAGAUCCAGUCCAUCAGACGCAUCCAGCACUGAGGGGAGGACAGGCUAAGACUGAGGCAUUACUCAUUCCUUUUCCCAUCACCUGCUCUUCUUUCCGUCUUUCUUUCUUUUCAAUCUUUUCCUCUCUUUUGACUUGAACCGCCCCCGACCAACUC